AUGGCCAUCAAUCUGGGCACACCUGCCGUCUUCAACCUCGUCACCAUCGACACCGGCUCCACCCUCUCCUGGGUCAGCUGCGAGAGGUGUCAGAUAAAAUGCCACCAGCAAGCAUACGAAGCUGGCCCAAAGUUCAACCCUCAAAGCUCCACUACAUACCGGCAGAUCGGCUGCUCCAACGAGGAUUGCAUCAACAUCCACCAAGACAACGGCAUCCCCUACGGUUGCAUCGACGAGACGGACACCUGCCUCUACAGCGUACGCUACGGGUCGCAGUACUCGGCGGGGAAUCUCGGGAGAGACAGGCUCACUCUAGGCGACAUCACCGUCGUCGAUGACUUCCUCUUUGGCUGCAGCAUGGACGACGUGUUCUACGGCUCCGAGGCAGGCGUCAUCGGCUUCGGCAACAAGAGCUACUCCUUCUUCAACCAGAUGGCCCGGCAGACGAGCUACAACGCCUUCGCCUACUGCUUUCCCAGUGACCACCAAGCCGAGGGGUUUCUCAUCAUCGGACCAUACCCACAGAGGCUGGAGCUCGUCACCCCGUUGAUCAGGGGAUACGGGCUCAGAUCGUACGUGUACUCCCUUCUGCUGCUGGACAUGACAGUCGACGGGAAGCGGCUCGAGGUCGAUCCAUCCAUCGACACACGUCAGAUCAUGGUGGUUGAUUCUGGCACCGAUGACACCUUCGUCUCGUCUCCAACUUUCUAUGCUCUAGCCGAGGCGGUGACAUCGGCGAUGCGGGAUAAGGGGUAUUACCGUGAGUACGGUAGCGAGAAGGUCUGCUUCAGGCCUGACGGCGGUGAGCCGGUGAACUGGAGAGGCUUGCCGUGGAUGGAGAUGCAGUUCCUCAGGGCGACCGUGAAACUGCCGCCGGAAAAUGUGUUCCAUCAGCAGUCUGUUGAUCGGAUAUGCUUGGCGUUCCAGCCUGAUACCUCUGGCGUGCGAGAUGUUCGGAUUCUUGGGAACAAGGCACUGAGAUCGUUCAGGGUUGUGUAUGAUCUGCAGAAGAUGACCUUUGGCUUCCAGGCACGGGCUUGUUGA